AUGUCCCCAUUGCUGCCCCUGAGAGAUCCCUUCGAGGAUUACAAUAUAAAACGUUUUUAUAAUUGUGUUUGUGCCCAGACCAUAUCAACAUCGGGCAGGUUUCUGUUUGCCGGUAAUCGGGCAGGAGAUAUUUUUGUACAAAACAUUACCAAUUUCCAAAAUUCCGAAGAAUUGCGACCAUCUUUAAAAAUAUACCCCCAGGGGGAGGAAUGUGAAAUCAAUUGUUUAAGUUUUCAUCGAGAGUUCCUGAUUGUGGGUUCGAUUGGUGUGGUGUAUGGUUUGAAAUGGGUUGAAGAUAAGGCUGAAUUGGCCACUGGUCGGGCAUGGGAAAUUAAGAUUCCCAUUGAUGUGGAGGCCAUUGAGGUUCCAGAUGUCAAUUUUAUGUGGUUGCGUCCCGAAACAGAUUUCCUUUAUGUUGGUUGCGGUGAUAAUAUCAUUUAUGAACUAAACUUAGAAGAUGGCCGUAUAUCGCGCAGUUUUAAGGGCCACGAAGAUUACAUACAUGGUGUAUGCGGUUCGGGUGCUGAUCGAUUAUAUUCUGCCUCUGAAGAUGGCACGAUUCGUAUGUGGGUGACAAAUCAAAAAGAUUCCACCGGCCUCAUUGAACCAUACAAAAAGGAUACAUUGGCCCGGCCUGAAAUGGGAAAAUGGCAAGGUGCAUUGGCGACCAACGAUGAUUGGCUACUGUGUGGUGGUGGACCCAAAUUAUCUCUCUGGCAUUUACGUUCCAUGGAGUGUACAAGUGAUUUUCCAUUUCCCGGCAAGGUUCACGUUUGUGAUUUUGUCGAAGAUAUGGUAUUUGUUGGUGGGGAACACACCAAUGCCCAAUUCUACGCCAUGAAUGGUAAAUUACGGGCUGACAUAAAAACAGAAAACACGGCAGUAUAUUCGGCUGUAUGGAAAACGGAGCCGGAACGUUUUAUGUCCAUAGCUGGCUAUAGUAAUUGGCUGUCGAUAUUAAAUGAUUUUCGGUUUUUGGACAGCAAAAUUGAAUUGUAUGAAAGUAAAAAUAACAACAAUGACAAUACAACAACCAGUACAAUUAAGUGUGAAAAUAUGAUGGGAGAGUAA